AUGUCUGGGCUAUUUGAUUUAAUACAAGUCUAUUAUCUAGAACAUUAUCGAGAUGGAUUUCAACCAGACUAUUGGAUUUGGACUCAACAUGGAGAAGUAGAGCUCAAUGUUAAUACAAGGAAUGAUUCAAAUAGUAGUGAGCAUGUGCAUCAUGAUGACCAAAUUGAGGCAAUGAAUCAGAUGGUGUAUGAUGCUUUUAGGCCUUAUGGAGUAUUCUCUCACGUGAAUGAUAACAUAGAAGUUGAGGAAUAUACGGAGGAUGAGUUUCCCAACGAAGAUGCCAAACGAUUUUAUGACAAGUUGAUAUCUUUCAACAAGCCCAUUUAUAUCUUGACAUCACGUGAACUUCAAAGGGAUCUGCGUCCCGAUGAGUUAUUUUUAAAAACACACAAGAGGAAAAAUGGUGAAUGGGUUGACAGUCGUGCUGCAUCUACUUAUAAGACUUUUAAAGAGAAGUUUGAUGCAGAACUUCAGCCAACUGAAGAAGGGAAUGGAGAGGUUGUUCAAGUGUUAGAUGGAGAGCGUGUAAAUCAGCUAUGGACAGAGGCUGCUGGGGGCCGUAACCGUGGUCGGGUUUAUGGCGCUGCAGAUUUAGCUAUUAAUCUAAAACGUGGAUCAAAAAGUUUUACCCAACAAUCUCAAACUCCUCAACACUCUAUGUUUGGGAUGUCAUUAGAAGCUGAAAGAGCAGCUAGAAUUAGAGCUGAACAAAUUGCCGAGGCUGCAACGACCCAAUUACAAGAGGCUAACGAAGCAAUGCGAGCUGCUACCGAGGCUGCAAAAGCUGCUACCGAGACUGCACAAAGGAUGGAGAGGGAGAUGAAUGCUUGGAAGGAAUUUAUGAUGAAGAAAUUUGACACUUCAACUUUUGUAUCACAUUCUCAUCAUUAUGAUGACGAUUUGGAUGAUCAAUCAUUAGAUGAAAAUUGA